AAAGAGAAGAACUUAUCUCUCUCUCUCUCCAAGAAGGCCACAAGAAGAAGCAAAUCAGCAGUAAAAAUCGUGUCUUUUUUGCCGUUGUUCUUCAGGUGUUUAUGAAUUUUGGGUAAUUUUCAUAGUUUUUGGAUCUGAAAAUUGGGUUAUUUGAGGGCCCUUUUGGGCAUUUGGGGAUGGUUUUGGCUUGAAAUUGAAAAGAAAAAAAAAAAAAAAUGGGAAGAGGGAAGAUAGUGAUAAGAAGAAUAGACAAUUCAACGAGCAGACAAGUGACGUUUUCGAAGAGAAGAAGUGGGUUACUGAAGAAGGCUCGAGAGCUUUCGAUUCUUUGUGAUGCUGAUGUUGGAUUGAUCAUUUUUUCAAGCACUGGGAAGCUCUAUGACUAUUCCAGCUCCAGCAUAAGGUCGAUUACUGAUCGCUACAACAAGAUGAAAGAGGAGCAAAAUCAGUUGAUGAACCCUGUUUCAGAACUCCAGUUUUGGAAAAGAGAGGCAGCUGGUUUGAAGCAACAACUGCAUUACAUGCAAGAAUGUCACAGACAAUUAAUGGGUGAAGAACUAUCUGGCCUGAGUGUCAAAGAUCUACAAAAUCUGGAAAGCCAGUUGGAGAUGAGUUUGAAAGGUGUCCGUGUGAAAAAGGAAAAGAUUUUAAGCGAGGAAAUUACUCAACUAAGACAGAAGGUUCCCCCCACUGGGAAUCAAAUGCAUCAAGAAAAUCUGGAACUCUACAAGAAAUUAGAUAUGAUUCGUAAGGAAAAUGCAGAACUACAAAUGAAGUAUCAGGUCUAUGGACCCAUGGAAGUGGAUAAAACGAGCAGUAGCACAGUUCAUCAAUUCACUUUCGCCAAUAGAUACGGUAUGCCUGCUCCCGUCCAUCUACAGCUAAGACAGCCACAACCACAAAACAACGAAACAUCAAUACCAGGGAUAAAGCUGGGAUUACAACUGCAAUAACAGCAUUUGGAUCAUGGAUGAUUUGUCCAUGGUCAUUUCACCAACUUGUCAUAAAGUACGCUCAUGUUCAACAUCAAGGUGUCUCCUGCUUCAGUCACUAGUGCAUUAACAUCACCAGAUCCAUCACAUUUGGUAUGCAAUUUUCUUCAAACACUAUAUAUGUGAUAAACUUAGCAGCCAGACCAGCUACCUAUGUAAGUUUACCCAUAAUGACAAUGCAUCAUAUGUGCCAUGCGUUGUUCUACCUGUUCUUAUAGUUUGUUGUGUUAAUUAAUUAGACCAGACUCUGAAGUUGCGAUGCCAAUUAGCUGAAUAUAAAUUAAUGUUUAUCCAAUUUUAUA